AAGAACCUUUCAUUGCCUUCUCGCCAUUGCCAUCCAUCCUUGUCCGAUAUUCUUGAUCGAGAAAAAGAAGCCAUGCAACGUUCGCUAGCCAUCUCCAAGAGCUUGUUCCCAAGCCUCCUCCGGUACGGGAACUCGGUCAAGGCCGCCCGGCAGCCAUCCUACGACGUGUUCAUCAACCACCGCCGGAUCGACACCCGGCGGACCAUCGCCGGGUUGCUGCACGACUACCUCACAAGGCUCGACCUCCGGCCCUUCCCGGACAGCAGGAGCAUGCGCCCGGGGGAUAACCUGUUCGACAAGAUUGACUCGGCGAUCCUCGAUUGCAAGAUCGGGGUCGCCCUAUUCUCGCCCCGAUAUUGCGAGUCGUACUUCUGCCUACAUGAGCUCGCCCUGAUGAUGGAGACCAAGAAGAAGGUCAUACCCAUCUUUUGUGAUGUGAAGCCUUCUCAGCUUCGAGCUCUCAAUAACGCAACUUGUUCGGAGACGGAGACCGAGAGGUUCAACUUGGCUAUUGAAGAAGCCAAAAACAUUGUGGGAAUCACUUUUGACUCUUCGAUGGGGGAUUGGUCAGAGCUCCUGAGGAAUGCUUCUGGAUCUAUCAUCAAGAGCUUGAUGGAAGCGAAUCAAGACUGACCAAACGAGAAUUAAGUGGAGAAACUCAUCAUCGCUCUCCAAGCCAGCGUGAGCAUAACUUGUACAAGAGAUUGGUGAAGAAAAUUAUACAUUAACCAAUUGUAGAUUGGGGGGGUUGUCUUGAUUUAUCUUUGACUAGGGGUUUGAAUUUUGUUAUCUUUCCAUUUGAUUGAUUUGUUUGUAGAGAAUCAAAAAUAAGUUGGCAACCA